AUGGGUCAACAGCCGUGCUGUGCUGAAAGGGAAGACCAUUGCUGGGUCCGGAAAAGCCCGCCCGAGUUGCCGCCACUCACAGAGGAAGGCUUUCGCAUAGCAUGCAGGGAUCCAUGCCAACUGCGGGACUUCCUACGACGGCUGGUGGUUCAGGGCGGUGGAUCGGUGACCAACCAAUACCUCUUGGCGUCAUAUGCAGCCAAGUGCAACCCGGAAGCCGACUUCCAGGAGCUGCUCCAGGAGCUGAGCACACAGCCCUGGGCGGGUGGAAAAGAUCAUGGACCUCACUGGCCGGGCGCCAAGCCCCUCCGGGGCUAUGCCAUGGCUGGGGGUGCCUGA